UUAAUUCGGCAUGCUGCAGCUCUGCGCACAUGCCAGCCACGCACGCCCCAAUUAACAGCUUGCAUAUACACACAUACACUUCGCGUCGUGGACUACCAAACUCGAUAAAUCAGCCAUUGUUUGUUCCUACUCUCUUCUUGCUACGGCCAUCUCCGGCGGCCCGAUCUUGAUUGAUAUCUGGCCAUCUGGGAGCCGGGGGAUCGGAAUGGAUACGGCGACGAUGGAGGAGUACUACGGCGUGGCGAGCUGGGUGGUGUCCGGGGUGGCGUUGUGGUCGACGGCGUUCCUGGCGCUGCGGGCGCUGCUGCCCAAGCGCUCCUACGACUUCUGCAACCGCGCCGUCUCCACCAUGCACGCCGUCGCCGGCGUCGGACUCGGCUGCCUCUCCGUGCAGGACUGGGCUUCCCCCGUCUCCCCAGUAGCAUCCCCCUCCUCACCGCGCCAGAUGAGGGCGUUGGCGGUGACGCUGUCGUACAUGAUCUACGACGCGGCGUGCUGCCACCUCAGCGGCGACGCCCGGCUGGACAACGCCCUGCACCACCUCAUCAGCAUCGUCGGCCUCGCCGCCGGCCUCCUCUACCGGAGGUGUGGGACGGAGCUGGUGGCGUGCCUGCUGGUCACGGAGAUCUCCGGCCCGCUGCUGCACCUCCGGGAGAUGCUCAAGGAGCUCGGCAUCAAGGACACCGACCUCAACCUCCUUGUCGAUAUUCUGUUCGCGGUGACCUUCUCGGUGGCACGAAUGGUUGGUGGCACCUACGUCACGUACCGCACCGUCACGGCAGACAACCCGAUCCUCAUCAAGACGAUGGCAACGAGCUUGCUGCUGGUAAGCGCCUACUGGUUCUUGAGGAUCCUCAGGAUGGUCAGGCACAAGCUCGGGAAGAAGAGGCCGGCGAAACUGGCCGCCAAGGCCAAGUGACGCGCGUGGCAAGAAUUAAUCGAUGAGGACCUCUUAGCUUCUGCAGGGAUGCUACUGUAGCAAUGCCACUAAUUUCUUGGUUUGGCUUAAGACCACCUUCCUCAGACAAUUAAUGGAUGUGUGUACUGUAGCAAAUUAAUCUUAUUGGUGUGUGUACCAAUGGUUACCUUGCCUC